AGCACUACCAUCUUCAUCAUCAUCAUCAUCAUCAUCAUCAUCUUGUUGUUAUUGUUGGAGUGAUCAAUAAUUAAUCAAAUAAUAAGAAUAAGAGAAAAUGGAAUUGAAAAAAGUGAUGAAAGAUAAGAAAUUCUGGUUUGCAUCUUUCCUUAUCACCUGGGCUGCUGCUUUACAGGGACACAUGAUGUGGUUACAGCGCCAAGAUUCAUUCAAGCAAAAAUUCCCUAACCUUGAUGAAGAUCAUCCUCAAUCCUCAUGAUUUGAUGUAUGUAUUGUAUUCUAUGCUUUCAUUUCUGAUUAUUACAUCUGUAAAUUCACUACUUCAUUCCGUUAUUAUUCACAUUUUCUUUCCGACUUUUCCUCAAUUUUAGCUCAAUUAUUAGCUUCUGUUUUGCCACAUUUGUUGUUGUACAACUAAUUACAUAACAUAUUUCAAUUUCAUUGUGUUUG